ACCUGAAUAGCUAUUGAAAGAGUGUGCGACUUCUCAGUGCCUGCUUCAUUACUGGGUGCAGCUCUUCCCAGGCGUGAGAGAGCCUAACUGCAUUCUCCUAUCGCAAAGCCCUCGACAGAAAAUCCUCUUGCAACAGGGGCAGCUGGAUUUCCUAACAGUGAAAAUCGGGAGUUCAUCAGUGCCUCAUCAGAUUCACAGACCAACACUUUGCAGGCAACAAGCAACACUGGACAUGUCUGAGCUACACUAAUAUCCACAACCUGAAGAUUUCCUUUCAGGUGUCGUUUUCCUUCGCCAAUACUUCAAGGCACAGAGGAGCUGGUAAAGGCAUUGCCAUGAAACCUAACUUGAAGCAAUGGAAACAACUCAUGCUGUUUGGAAUCUUUGCAUGGGGUCUGCUUUUUCUAGUGAUCUUCAUCUAUUUCACAGACAGCAACAGUGCUGAGCCAGUUCCCAGUUCCUUUUCUUACAUUGAAACGAAGAGGCUCCUGCCCCUGCAGGGCAAGCAGAGAGUCAUCAUGGGAGCCAUACACGAUCCGUCAUUCUCUGAAGCCAUUGAUGGGAAUGAGGUACUCCUUAAUGAAGAUCUUUUAGAUACAUUUAAAUCAGAGACUGGAAGUAUUAAGAAAUGGACUGAUUUGGAAGAUGCCUUUAGAAGCGAAGAUGAGUUUUUUCCAUCCCAGAUAGGACGAAAGUCAAAAAGUGCUUUCUACCAAGUGAACGAUGAUUAUUUAUUCGCUGCUGGUCAGCCUAUGUCACACAACAGCUUCCAAGAGAUAGCAAAAUUCAUCUCAGCCGAUGAGGAUAAUCCAAAAGAAAGUAUUUUACAGAACAACUGGAGCCGUCAGAGGAGAAUGAGGAGAAGGAGCACAAAGCACAGAAGAAGCCAGAUGCUUGAUGAAUCUGAUGACUGGGAUGGGCUGUAUUCUACAAUGUCGAAAUCCUUUCUAUACAAGCUCUGGAAAGGAGAUGUCUCUUCCAAGAUGCUGAACCCUCGACUGCAGAAGGCGAUGAAAGAUUAUUUGAGCACCAAUAAGCAUGGGGUGCGGUUCAAAGGGAAACGAAACUCGAAGCUGACAGGCGACCAGCUUUUCUGCGAGCUGAAAGAAAGGGUGGAUGUGAAAACAAUAGAUGGCAAGGAAGCUCCCUUCUCCACUCUUGGAUGGGAGAAGCACGUUCCUCAAAUUCCACUGGGCAAAUUGUAUACACAUGGCUUUGGGAGCUGUGCCGUAGUUAUGUCUGCUGGUGCGAUACUGAACUCCUCUCUAGGGGAUGAAAUAGAUUCUCAUGAUGCUGUUCUAAGAUUUAAUUCUGCUCCAACACGCGGCUAUGAAAAAGAUGUUGGAAAUAAAACAACGAUGCGAAUCAUUAACUCUCAGAUUCUCACCAACCCAAACCAUCACUUUGUUGACAGCUCCUUGUACAAAGAUGUUAUCUUAGUAGCCUGGGAUCCUGCUCCCUACUCUGCAAAUCUGAAUGUGUGGUAUAAGAAGCCGGACUACAAUCUGUUCACUCCCUAUGUACAGCAUCGCAGGAAGAAUCCAAACCAGCCUUUUUACAUUCUCCAUCCAAAGUUUAUAUGGCAGCUCUGGGACAUCAUUCAGGAGAACACGAAAGAGAAGAUACAGCCCAACCCUCCUUCUUCAGGUUUUAUUGGUAUCCUCAUCAUGAUGUCCAUGUGUAACGAAGUGCACGUGUACGAAUACAUCCCUUCAGUCCGACAGACCGACCUAUGUCACUAUCAUGAACUCUACUACGAUGCAGCUUGUACCUUAGGGGCCUAUCACCCGCUGCUCUAUGAGAAGCUGUUGGUGCAGAGGAUGAACAAAGGUUUGCAGGAUGAUCUGUAUCGGAAGGGAAAGGUCAUUUUGCCAGGGUUCAAGUCUGUCAAAUGCCCGGAACGAAAUAAUUUUCCACCCUUGUAGAAGAGAGUCUUUCACAAACAAUGUGCAAUAAGGUACUACUGUCGUACUAUAAACAAGGAGAGAAUACUUGAAAAAUGUAUUAGACCAACCCAGUCUUGAGUCUAUAAAUUGUAAUUAAGUAGCAGGCAUGAGAAAUACUUCUUUCCUGAGCCUGAGUAUUUAUUACUGCUUUGCAAAUAGUUAAAGAAAACAAAAAGCUUAGCUUACAAAAGGUGCAGAGGACAUACUUAGGCCGAAAUAUAAUGUAUUGUUGUGGGUGUGACCGUCAGAAUUUGUCAGUGGUCUCUUGUGCCACUUAUGCUAGAUGGUAACUUUUUUUUUUUUUUAAAGGAAUUUAUUUAAGUGUUAAAUCCAGCAUUGUGAGGCAGCCUGUAUCGCUCAUGUACAGAGCUGCCAGUUGAACAAUGCAGCGUUUCUCAUGGCUCCAUGGGAUUUUCACACUCUCCAGGAAUGAAGUAAUUGCUACUCUGAGCUGAAUAUUCAUUAAUUAGAGGAGUCUUUCAGUUCCUGUUCAUACACUGGUUCACUUGCAGGCUUCUAACUGUACAGGAAACCUUAUGGUGGCUAUGAAGUCAGUGCAGAUGUAGGAAGCAGAACACGCAGCUAAACCAAUUAAACCACUGGAUGUACCCUUGGUGUCACAUCCCAUUGCUCACACUGAGCAGGGCAGAGGGCAAAGAGAAAUUCCUCAUUUCUGUAGAAAGCAACAAACAUAUUGAUAGCCUAUUCAGAAAAAGAUUCUCCCUGAGAGGCCUACAAAGAGGGUGAAAGUGAGAGGAAAAUGAUGCCUUCCCUCACUACACACAGAUAAAAACUAUCCAGAGAAAGCCAAGGGAGACCGUGUAGCAAACACAGAUUGCACUGGAAGCAAAUGUAGAGGGAGCUCACCUUUCUGCAGCAAAGAUAGCACUGAGGAUUGCAGACAUCAGUUGUGAGGUAUGUCACUGUGAUCAAAAUCAAAUUCAUUUGCUCACAAGUUACUGCUUUUAAGAAAGCAUGGGAGUUGUUUGACAAAAGAGGAGGAUAUCAGCAUUUUUCUACUGGAUGCUUGAAAAGCUGUACCCCAGAGAAGCUAAUUUAAUAUUUUCCUUCAUAACACACAAUGAGAACAUUCUCCAAGGCAGUUCUGAAAUUCGACCUGAGUACUAAGACAUCUAAAACAUAAAGACUUCAGUUUCAGAUUGCUUCCUGAGUGGCAGGAGGACUUUUGCGUGCUCUUUUUCUUUCCAUUGGUGGUGAUGGUCUUUUUUUUUCACCUGACUGUACCCUUUCCCAUAGGUUGAGUUUAGUAGAAAAGUAGGUACAGAAAAACACAGCUGUAUCCUCUUCAUGUCCAUUCAGUGAAAAGGCAGACAGUUCAAAGAGGCACUGAAAAGAGCAGCUGAGAGGCUGUGUUGGAAAGUAUCUUUUGUGUUUUGUCUCAUGCAACAGUAAGACAGUAAGUGUGCAAAUGGUAUGAGUGACUAUUUUCACUUUGGUAGCAAUGUAAGCAUCAUAAGAGUGUCUUUUUUUUUCUCUCUGCUCUUAGGAUCUGAUGAUUUUUCCUUCUCAAAAGGGAAGAAAAUGUCUUACAUGGGGCUUAGCUUUCUUUCCCUAUGUAGCUUCUUAAUUUGGGCCUUAUGGUCCUCUAAGAUUCCUCUCGCUGACAGGAAAUAUAUCCAGAUGGUCUGAAAACUGUACUUUUACAUUGUGUGUGUGACUAUGUCCAUAAAUCAUUUUGGUACAUAUCGAAAGGAACAGAUUUUAUUUAUAUUAGCUUUAGACUCUGGAUAUAUUAGCUACUGAUGUACGUCAGCAACUUUGAUUCUUAAUAACAUUUAAUCUUGUGGAGGAUAGAUAGCCUACUAUUCUAUUUUUCCGUGUGUUUGGUAAGGUGCUUGCAAAACAUUUGAAGUCUGAGCAAGUACUACCGAAUAUAUCUGCCUUUCCAGCACGUUGGGUUAGCUGCCACAUGUGUGUAACAGAAGGGAGAUGGUUACCUUUCUAGAACUAGUAACUGUGCUACUUUCUGCAAGCAGGAAAUUCUCAAGUUCUGAAAAAAGGAUACCACUUUGGUCUGCAACCACUAACCUCAAACUCUGAUUUCCGUUAAGAAAAAUACUAACUGCAUUACUCAGCUACACACAGCAAGAUUAUGUUGUAUUACUCCCUCAGUAAUGUGUCCACAUAGCUGUUGUACAGAACAAGGUUUUUGCAGAGUUCCAUGCAACAAGUGCGAGCAUACCUACUUAAUAUAUCAUUUAAGUAAUGAUGUAGAACCAGGUCUGAGACAUCAGAAAACAAGCUGUAUAUUUUCAGUGUACUGGACUUUGCACAUUUAAGGCCUUUCAGCAGACUUUUUAUCCUUUGCUGGUAUGCUGACACUCUUUAACCUUUGGAGAUAUUUGUGCGACUGUUUCCAGGAGAAUUUGAUGUAUUCUGAGUUAUACAGCAGUCACUGCUCCUCCAUAGGUGCAAUGUGGAUGCUGUGGCACCAUCACUUCAGAAGAUGCCACAGAGAUGUGCUGCUGGCACUUAUUUGCUUGCAGAGGUGGAAGACCAACUUGUGAUGCCCAACUUCUUGAAAACUCAAAGAUCCCUCGAGUGGCUUUGUAGCACUGGUUUCCACUGUGAUUUUACAUUGGUCUGUCUGGUCAAACAGCUGGUGACUGCUUAAAGAGAUUUUAUUCCCCUACUGUCUUUCUUGUCCUUUGUUUUUUGAUGCAAGUGCAAAUACACUUGAUUUGCUAACCGAGGGCUCUCCUCCACUUGGUGCAAAAGGGGAAGGGGCAGAAAUGAAGAGGGAACAUGAAGGACCUUCAGAGGUGCUGCUAUCACCAGUACUCACACUCUCUUGUGGUUUUGGCAUUGGUGGCUUUCAUAGGAGCCAUUUCUUGCAUUUAUGGGCAUUUCACCAUCCCUCAUGAGGGCAAAGAUCCAGUCAACUUGAAGCAAUGAGUGUGUAGUAACACUGAAUCCGUGUGUCUUUUAAUAACAGUGAUGCGUGAGAGUGCUGUUUAUAGAUACUUAGUAAAUGUAGACAAUGUGAAGGAAAUGCAUUUUCCCACACAGAUCACAGGGUUUUUGGAAGUAGAUGUAGGCAUGGCUUCAUAGCUCUCCCGUGUGGCUACUGUACGCUAACAGAGAGGAAUGGUACCAAGACAAGGGAGGUCUGCACUGACUCAGCUCUUGACACAUGCUGUCAGCAAAGCAAACACCUCUGUUAGUUGGUGCCUGAGCUCCCUUCACACUUGGUACAAUGAUGCAGGUUUCAAAUUUAUGGAGUUUUAAUGACAAAUCGGAAUAAAUUGCCUUCAAAAGCCAGAGAGCCCCUUUUCUGUGCCCUGGUACUGUGGACAAAAGUUGCACUCAGUUGAAACUAAGCAGAAACACAGCAGCAUCUUAAGUAAACAUGCUGAGUUUAUGUUGAAUUUCAUUAAGCUCCACUGUGAAUUCUUUAGCCUUUCUGACAUGUGGUGCUCUAUCAUUUUAUGCAUUCAACCUCUGAAUGGUUAAGUCAAGGUAUUCUUCUGUUUAUUUAUUUUAAAUAAUUUUAUUCGUCUAUUCUUAAGUAUUUUAUUCUUCUAGAAAAAUUAUGACAGGUUUUGCCUCAUUUUGAGCCAAAAUCUUUCUGCUAUAGAUAAAUUACUAAUUGUUCCAUUCCUUUCUAGUUCUGACGCUUACCUGGGCAUAAACUCACAGUUCAGCUCAGUUUAAUUCUUAAUUAAACUACUGAAUACUAUUUUUUUUUUUUUUUUUUACCUCACUGUGCAGUGUUAUGCUCGUGAAACUCUGGUUAAGUUAGGGAAACUACAGUGAUAAAAUAAAUUGUACCUUGAGAGAGAAAGAGCUUCUUUACACACUGUGAUCUCCAAUCUCUCUGUACAGAUUUAGCUAAAUCAUUGUCUUUGGUCAGGAUACUUUCUUUGGUGAAAACAUCCAAAUUCUGGAACUUGUUCCUAUCAACCUCUUGGCAAAGUCAACAAAACCAAGAGAGCAUUUUACUAAAAUAAAGAGUAGUUUCUACAUAUACUAAAUGGUUUCACGGACUGAGCGUAGUCAUUUUAGAGAUGGAUUGAACCAAGCAGUUCCAAACACAGGUAGGCCAGUCCAAUUCAUAGUGAUUUUUUCAUUCCCUUCCUCCUCAGCAGUUCUUAAAGAUGGAGAAUGUCACUUGAACAGUGACACAGAUGUACCAUGAAAGGAAUAUCAAACGCAUAGACCGCAAAAAUAAAUGGAUCCUCUUUUUCCUGACAUGCUUUUUAAAGUUGACACAUAUUAAAUAAAUGAAAUUGCUUUUUGAAGUAGGUGAUUCAGAAACCUGUAGUUGGAGCACCCAGCUCUUUGCUGGGAGCUAUCCUCUCUCUCUCACAGAAGGAGGAUACCUGAUUUAACUGUUUGAAAUUUAAAGUAGCCCAUGUCUGGGCGUGCCUGCAUCGUUAGAUAAGUUUUGACACUGCAAAUUUCUUCUCUCUGGCUUAGUGAUCAGAUUCAGAGUUUUGUUCUUGAAAUAAGAGUUGUGUGUAAAAGCCUUACAUUUACCCGUAUCAUUGCAUCGCUCUUACACUAUGUAGUCAUUGAACUAUUCAAAUAUAGACUGUGUACUUUUUUAAUAGCUUUGAGAAUUAUUUUGUAUGAUGAUUUUUUUAAAUGAAUGUGUACUCUAAUAACAAAGCUUAAGAUUUUACAGGAGUCACAUUUUUAAGCAGUGUUUGUAUACAUUUUAACACUUUUUAUAUUUUCUAUUAUGAUUUUGUAUAUUUUUAUGUAUGCACAGUGUACAGAUUUUUUCCUGUAAAUAAAACAUUGGUUUUCAUUUGUUUAA